AUGUCGUCAGUUUCAGGAACGCGAGAGACCCACUUUCCGCGCUUGGCAUGGACGCAACUCGGAUCCCAAGCUUUCGUUUUCCCAGAACCUCACCUCCAGGUCACACCACUCCGCACCGCCGUCCUACCACCACACAGUCGGCUACGCACGCCCAUUAGCCUUGCUAUCCGCUCUCGAAGCCCUCGACCAGCUAAUUGUCCAAAACGCAACAUGUCCUUCGUCCGCGCUACCUCAGUCAUCAGCCGUGUAGGCGUGCGAGCCCCGGCCUACCGAGCCACUCCGGUUGCGUGGAGCGUUCAGCGCGCUGCGUUUUCGCAGUCGGCCGUUAGAAAAAGCGAGGACGCGCAUGCUGAGGAGACUUUCGAGGAGUUCACGGCCAGAUACGAGAAAGAGUUUGAAAAGGUGAACGAUGUUUUCGAACUUCAGCGUAACUUGAACAACUGCUUCGCCUACGAUCUGGUUCCCUCUCCAUCUGUCAUCACCGCCGCUCUUCGCGCCGCCAGGCGUGUCAACGACUUCCCUUCGGCAGUGCGAGUUUUCGAGGGUAUCAAGUUCAAGGUUGAGAACAAGGGCCAGUACGCAGAGUACCUCCAAGAGCUCGAGCCAAUACGCGAGGAGCUCGGCAUUCCCCUCAAAGAGUCGCUGUACCCCGAUGAGAAGUAG